AUGCCCCUAUCAUCGGAGGUCUACAAGGAAAAGCAGCAGGCAGCAGCAGCAGCAGCAGCAGCAGCAGCAACAGCACCUGCUGCUGCUGCUGCUGUUGCUGUUGAGUCUCUGGUUCAUGAGAUGCAGCAGCUGCUUCUCCCGCCAGAUAUGCUGCAGCGCAGCAGCAGCAGCAGCAGCAGCAGCAACAGCAGCAGCAGCAGCAGGAGCAACGAUGUUAGCGCUUGGGAGGCAGCAGCAACAGCAGCAGCAGCAGCAGCAGCAAAACUAGAUAAUGCUGCUGCGCUGCAGCAGCUGCAGCAGCUGAUGCAGCAAGCCAAAGCCGUGGCGACCAGGUCCCUAGGACAUCCGCAGCAGCAGCAGCAGCAGCAGCAGCAGCAGCAGCAACAGCAGCAGCAGCAGCAGCAGCUGCCGCUGCUGCUGCCUGUCUCCCUUUCUGCUGCUGACAUAACAAAGUGCUUGCUGCUGCAGACAGUCAACGAGAAGGUGCAGCAGCUGCAGCAAACCCUAGCAGCAGCAAUCGACUUCUACGGUAUCCCCCGUACUCAGCAACAGCAGCAGCAGCAGCAGCAGCAGCAGCAGCAGGACGGCGCAGGGUCUACGGCAGCAGCAGCAACUGCAAGAGCUGAGCCAGAGCCUGCAGCAGCAGCAGCAGCAGCAGGAACAGCAGCAGCAGCAGAAGCAGAAGCAUCGCCUUUCCCAACAGGAAUCGAUGCUGCUGCUGCUGCAGCCUUUGCUGCUAGUGAUGAUGCUGCAGCAGCAGCAGCAGCAGCAGCAACAGAAGCUGCGCUGCUGGCGCCCACGCAGCUGCAAGAGGAGACAGCACUUAGAGCCCUCCUGGUGUCUCCGCAGAGCAGCAGCAGCAGCAGCAGCAGCAGCAGCAACAGCAGCAGCAGCAGCAGCAAGUUGACAGAUUGGCAGCAAGAGAGAGAAGCAGCUGCAGCAGCAGUGCAGCAGCUGCUGCUGCAGCUGCAUGCUGCUGCUGCUGCGCUGCAGCAAACACUGACGAAGCGUCUGCUGCUGGAGAUGACCGACUUGCUGCUGCAGUUAAGAGACAGUGCAGCAGCAGCAGCAGCACGAGAGCAGCAGCAGCAGCAGCAACAGCUGCAGCAGCAGCAGCAGCAGCAGCAGCAGCAGCAGCAGGAACUACGAGCAGCAGCAGAGACAGAGUGGUUUGUUGCAUUUGGUAGAAUCACGCGGCACCUGCUAGCAACAAAAGAAGGAGCUGCUGCAGUUGAGGAGGUGUUCAACGAUGUGCUGGUAAGGCCCCUUGUUGCUGCUGCUGCAGCAGCAGCAGCAGCAGCAGUCUGCAGCACCAAGUACACAGCCAAUACACCUAAGCAGCAGCAGCAGCAGCAGCAGCAGCAGCAGCAGUUGCUGCAGCUGCUGCAUCUCCCAAGGCCACUGACAACACAAGAAGAGGCUCUUCUGCUGCGUUGCCUGCUGCAUGGUGUUGCUGCUGCUCUUGCUGCUCCUCCGCUGCUGCUGCUGCCGCUGGCCAUGAAGCUCUCAGCUGCCUAUACACCCCAACACAAAAACAAAAAAAACAAACAGCACACACCAGACGUGCAGCUGCUGCAGCUGCUGCUCAAGGAGACGCUGCAGGUAAGCAGCAGCAGCAGCAGCAGCAGCAGCAGCAGCAGCAACAGCUGCAGCAAGAAACGCAGCAGCAGGACCAGAAGGAAAUUCUCUGCAUCCCUGCAGCAGCAGCAGCAGCAACAAGAGCAACAGCAGCAGCAGCAGCAACAACAACAUUAG